CCAAUUGUUGGCAGAGCAGUUUAAUCGCCGGUAUCGUCAGAUGAUCGUCGGUGUGUUUUAUGCGUAAAGCGCGCAGUCAUGGCGUCUGACAGCAGCGAUGAAAUCCGAGAGAGAAUCAUCGAACUGUUUAAACCGCGGCUGAAAACGCUGAUAGAGGUUGAUCCGGUCCUGGAUCGUACAGACUUCAUCGAAGCCGACGAAAAGGAGCAGAUCAGGCAGAAAUCGAGGACCGACGGGAACCCGGUGGCCGUGGGUCUCCUCCUGGCCGCGGUGGCGCGCCGGCCGCACUCCCCCGGCUGGUUCACGGCCUUUGUGGACGCGCUGAGAAGCGCAGGCUUUUCACAUGCUGCCGAUUACAUUCAGCUGAAACUCCCCAAACCCGAAGAGGAGGCGGAAAACGACAACUGCGCCCAGAUUAUUAAAUUACUCACCCCUACUCUCCAGGACAUGAGUACGGAUCAGGUGGCGCUGUUCUGUCACUCCAGAAAGAUUCUGACUGCUGGAGACUUGGAAAGAGUUCAGGCUGAAACACAGAACAGAGGACCCAGAAGUGGAGCCCGUGAACUUUUAGAAAGAAUUGUAAAACGAGAGCCGGGAUGGUUUUCCACCUUCGUCCAAAUUCUCAGAGAAACUGAACACAGCGUCCUGCUUAACUUGUUUGGAGGGUCAGAUGACCCCGAAGAAUUCGAUGAGAAAAAAUCCUUAAAGAAAGACGGACGUGACGGCGAUGGAGCGGCGACAGGAGAGAGCUGUGAAAGCCCCACACUGAUGGAAAUCACUUUCAGUGAAGAGUGCCACGGCGAAGACACAGACCUCUGUGCAAGCAAUGAACUGCCAAACAUCCCCGAGCGCCCGCAGCCAGAUGGAAGUGACUCAGGAGCGGCGGCGGCCCCAAGUCCAGAAAAAGAUAUUGUUCUUAGAGAUUAUCAGAUGGACGUCGCUAAACCUGCCUUGGAGGGAAAAAACAUCAUCAUAUGCCUCCCGACAGGAAGCGGCAAAACCAGAGUCGCAGUUUAUAUUACCAAAAAACAUCUGGAAAGAAGGAGAUCGGAGGGAAACCCAGGGAAGGUGGUCGUCCUGGUGAACAAGGUUCCUCUCGUCGAGCAGCAUUACAGCGCCGAGUUCCUGCCGUUUCUGAAGAAGAGCUACAGAGUGGAGAGAGUCAGCGGAGACUCGCAGCUCAAAAUCUCUUUCACAGAGAUCGUGAACAAAAAUGACAUCAUCAUCUGCACGGCCCAGAUCCUGGAGAACUUCCUGGAGAGGGCCGAGGAGGGGGAGGACGACGGAGUCAAGUUGAGCGAACUGUCGCUGAUCGUGAUCGAUGAGUGUCACCACACUCAGAAAGGAGAAGUCUACAACCACAUCAUGAUGCGGUACCUGAAGCAGAAGCACAAGAACAGACGGCUGAAGAAGGAGCAGAAGCAGCCUGUGCCCCUCCCUCAGAUCCUGGGCCUGACUGCCUCUCCGGGAGUCGGAGGAGCCAAGAAAAUGGAGAAAGUCAUGGAUCACAUCCUGAGCAUAUGUGCAAACCUGGAUGCGUCCAAAAUCAUGACAAGGAGCCUCGGGGAUUUCAAAAAGGAACAGAGGAAAAAAAUAGAAUAUGUUGAGGACAGAAAACAGGAUCCUUUCGGUGAUGUGAUCAAGAAGAUCAUGACUGCGAUUCACAGCCACGCCGACCUGAGUCCAAACUGCGAACUUGGCUCUCAGAACUAUGAACAGUGGGUCGUUCAAAAUGAGCGUAAAGCUGCAAAAGAAGAAGACCGGAAAGUGCGGAUCUGUGCCGACCACCUUCAGCAGUACAGCGAGUGCCUGAACCUCAGCAACACCAUCCGCAUGAGUGACGCCUUGAGCUUCAUCUCCAAAUUCUACGAGGAGGAGAUGAAGAAGAAAACCUCCCCGGAUGAGGAACAUGACAUCGAAAUCACAGAGACAGAGAGAUUCCUCUUCCAUCUUUUCAGAGACAACAAGCGGAACCUGGAGGAACUUGCAAAGAAUCCAGAUUAUGAAAAUGGCAGCCUCUCGAAACUCAGAACGAUUAUACUGAAAGAGUUCACCAACAGGGAAGCGGCCCAAGGGAUCAUUUUCACCAAAACCCGGCGCAGCGCCAUGGCUCUGAGUCAGUGGAUUCAGGAGAACCCCAAGUUUGCCGACGUGGGCAUAAAGUCUGCGUAUAUCAUUGGUGGAGGAGACCAGAGUGUUGUUAAACCAAUGACCUCCGCAGAGCAAAAGGAUGUGUUGAAGAAAUUUGGUAACGGUGACGUCAACCUGCUGAUUGCGACGACUGUGGCAGAGGAAGGUCUGGACAUCCCCGCCUGCAAUUUUGUUAUCAGAUACGGCCUGGUGACCAAUGAGAUAUCCAUGCUUCAGGCAAUGGGCAGAGGCAGAGCUGAAGACAGCAGUUACACCCUGAUUGACGUGAAGAACUCCGGAGUGGCUGAAAGAGAGUUUGUGAAUGAAUACCGCUGCACCAUGAUGGACAAAGCCAUUAUCAAAAUCAGAGCUCUUGAUCAGGAGGAGUAUGACAGAAAAAUCACAGAGUUUCAGAUUCAGGCUAUACUGGAGGAGAAAGUGAGGCUGACAAAGCAGAAGCAGAACAGAAUAAAAAAUGAGAGUCCAGCUAAUGUGCUGCUUCGAUGCCGCGGCUGCAACCAGCAUGUCUGCAGCGGCGAGGACGUCCAGAUCAUCGAAAAGAUGCACAGGGUCAACGUUGCACCAGAGUUCAAGGAACUCUUCAUUCGGAGAGAAAACACUUCUCUUCAGGAACGACUUCUCGAUUAUGAGACCAAUGGCUACAUUGCAUGCAAAGCCUGUGGGGAGAGAUGGGGGUCGAUGAUGAUGUACAAGGGGAUCGAGUGCCCCUGCCUCCACGUGAAAAACUUUGUGGUGAAUAUCAGUGGAAAGAAUAUCAGCAAAUGCAUGAAGUGGAGCGAAGUCCCCAUCAAGUUCCGUGCAUUCAACUACAUAGACCAUGCAAGCCAGGUGGCUGAGAGCUCAGACGAUGAGGAAACUGCGUAAAUAAGAGCUCGAGUCGAUGAUCAUGCACCUUACUUAAUUUCUAUGGCAGUCUUUGGGGUUUCUCUUAGCAUGAACUUAUAGCACCACAAUAGCACAGCUUGACUUGUCCAGUAAAGUAAAAGCACAAAAAUCUUCCGUCAAAGCAGCCAUAAAUGUUUUCUUUGUUCUGAAAACCUUUCUUUAUUUUUUUUUUUUACAAAACCUAACAUGAACAACCUGAUAUGUCUUUAAUCUGAAUCUCUUUGCUAAACUGUUAAUCUUAAGAUUGCCCCAAAAUCAUGCAGCAUUCAUCAUGCACAUUUUCUAAAUCAACCAAGAGCACUUCUUUUCCACACCACUGCACAAGCACUUAUGGUGGAUCAUUUGAGUCCUAAAUUGUUGAGACGACUGGAAGCACUUUAUGCUGGUUUUUAUGGUUCUUAUUUUGAAUGUUAGAAUUUUCUUGUCAAAGGUGUUGCAGAGGGAAUGAGCGUUCAAUCCAGAGAUAUAGAGUUGAUAUUCUUUGCCUUAAACACCCUGAAUAUGCCUGUCUUGUAUCAUGGGUGUGAAUGAUUGAUUUCAAAUAAAGCUGAAAUAUUUUCAAAAUGUG